UAUAAUUUUAUACGGUAAUAAAGCAGACGGGACAAUAGUUUUAUAUUUUAAAAAACGGUAAAGAUUCAAAGUUAUUUAUUUCAAACGUAAAUGCAUAGAUUAACUGCUGUUUAAAAGUAAAUGGAACCAAAUCAAGGUGAUUGCAAUAGAAUUAGUUCUUUUGAAGGUGUUCAACUACUUUCAGAAAACUUAAUUUCACGGAAAACACUAUUACGUGAAAUUCAACAUUAUUUUCUACAAAAUGCGAACAAAUCAACUAUAGUAUUAUAUGGAAUGACGGGUGUUGGAAAGACACAUAUUGCAAGAAAUUUUUGUAAAACUUAUUAUAGCUUCUAUAAAAACUUUGUUUGGAUAAACGCAGCAUUUGGAAUGUUACAAACUUCAAUGAGAAACCAAUGUCAAUUAUUAGGAUUAAAAGUUAACGAUUCAAAAGGUGAUUAUUUGAAUAUAGAAGUGAUUGUUGAAAAAAUUCACAACUACUACAAAAAUAAAAAAACUUUGUAUAUUUUUGAUAAUGUUGAUAAUGAAAGUGUUAAAAAUUUAUCGAUGUACAUUUCAAGAAAACCGAAUUCAUUUACUUUGAUUACCUCGCAAUGGAGAACGUGGUCGAAUAAUGUAAAUAAAAUGUAUGUUGAUGUUUUUUCGUUUGAGGAAGCAUUUGCUUAUGUAAAAAACAGAAUUAAAGAAAACAACGAUGGAAACAUAAGAAGUUUAAUAAAAGAACUUGGUUAUCAUCCGUUCGCUAUAACUCAGGCAUUAAAGUAUAUAAAAAUACAUAAAAUUUCGAUAGAAAACUACGUAGAUCGAUACAGAUCAAAACCAUUAGAAAUAUUAGACAAUAAUAACCUUCCAACCGAAGAAUCAAAGUCUGCAAUAAAAGCAAUUAACCUAGUUUUAAUAAAGUUAGAAAAAAGUAAACCUUUUCCAUUUAAAAUAUUAAACUGUUUAUCUCAUUGCAACGGUCAAAACAUCAGUAAACAAUUUAUAAUCCAAAUCUCAAAACAAAUGGAAAUAAAUGAAGAAUACUUAAUAGAUGAAGCAAUUGCAGUAUUAACGAAUCAUUCUUUACUAAACUGUUUUGAUAAUAAAAAGUAUUCAAUGCACGAACUGACUCAGUUGACGUGUAGAUGUUUUCAAAAUAGAAAUUCAAGUGCAAAUACAUACUUAGAUCUACUCGAAAAUUAUUUUAAAAUUGAAUUGAACGAAGUAAAAGGUCACACGGAUUACGGAAACCAUAUUGUUUUUCAUUUUAUCUGUUUCUUUCGUAAUAACGGAAAAAGAAUUUCGAAACUUUUUUAUAAUAAGACGACAUCUAUUAAAAAAUUAUUAGUUUGUAAAGGUUUAUUUGAAGAAGCAAUCGAAAUAUUAAAAACUAUUCAAAGUUUUAUUACAGAAACUUAUGGUGAAAGUAAUAAAUUCACGCUUUAUACAAAACAUAAUAUUGCAAGCUGUUUGCGCAAUAUGGGAAAAUAUAACGAAGCUUUAGAAAGUUAUUUUUCUGCUGAUAGAAUAAAAACUAAAAUUUUAGGUUUCAACCAUCCAAUUACGAUGACAACAAAGCAUAAUAUCGCAAGCUGUUUGUACAAAAUGGGAAAAUAUAACGAAGCUUUAGAAAUUUAUUAUUCAGUUGAUAAAAUGCAAACUGAAUUUUUAGGUAAUAACCAUCCAAGUACAAUGACAACAAAACGUAAUAUCGCGAGAUGUUUGAACAAUAUAAAAACACAGCAAACAAUUUGAUUUAUUUUUUGAUUAUUAUUUUAGUUUAUAUAUAUAUAUAUGUGUA